AAAUAUGGCGGUAAGUGUCGAAGUGUUCUCAAGAUUGCCGACAAUUUUCUUCCUUGAAACUGUUUUUCCAUCUUAGUAGCCAUUUCUACCAUGGCCUUCGACAACAAAAGAGCUCUUUGGAUCGCUGCUGGCCUACUUUCAGGGCUAGGAACUGCUCUUUGUGUCGCCGAACUUCGAAAAUUCAUCAGGGAAAAGUGUACCAGAAAACCUCUUUCACAAAUGGAGGAUAAUAUUCGAUUGGAAGAUCUGGAAGUUCUCGUGCGAUCGUCGAACUAUUCCCUGAGAAAGAGCGCCGAACAGGUUGUGUUGGACAGAGCAAUGAAGAACCAAAAUCUUGAUUUCAUCAUCGGCGCUUGCUACAGCCAAGACGAGUUUCAAGUUUUGAAAGCUGUUGUCGUGUUAGCGAUGUUGGUGAAAAACUCCGAACGCAGCGAAAGAGAGAAGUUGAUAGACCACGGGAUACUGGAAUCGCUCUCUCACUCCCUUGUAUAUUCAGUUCAGACUGGAUACAGAAGUCUUGUGGAGAUGGGAGGUUACGAACUUCGACUGCAAAGGUGCGCUUCAGAAUCGUUAUUUCACCUUAUCUACGACGAAGAAAGGACCAAAGUUCGUCUAGCGCAGUCAAAUUCUUCCAUCGUUGCAGUUCUUUUACAACUGAUGUCGGAGACAAGGAAUAAAGAGGCUAUGCGAUGGUGUCUAUUUACGGUUCAUCAGUUGGCUGCUUGUGACUCAAUACGGCCCGAACUCUUAAGUAAUGGCGUAAUACCUUCUGUCUCGGAAAUGCUUGUCAGGAAUCAAGGAGAUUUUGUGUUGAUGAGAGCCUGUCUCCACACUAUGGUGAUGUUUGUUAAUAACAACACGGAUGAUGAAGUGGUAUAUCUUAAGGAGUUGGCUAAAUAUGAUGUCUUUAAACCAGCUGUAGUGUCUCUUAGAGCUGAUGACAGUGACCUUGUGUACUGGGCUGCUGGAUUAUUACAUCAGUUUGCCAUUCAAGACCUCCACAAAGCAGAGAUUUGUGCUACCCCAAACAUUAUCAAAUCACUUCAGAGUGUAUUAUGUUCAAGUGAAGCAAUCUUACAGAGGUUAAUCUUGCGCGUGCUAAGCUUCUUAUGUGUUGGAAACCAAUCAUUCAGGACUAAUGUGUUGCACUGUUCUUCGCUUGUGGCCAGGCUGCCUGUCUGCCUUGCUUCUGGUGACAAUGACAUUGUCCACUGGGCAGUGGUUCUACUUCAUGACCUUAUUCUUUCUGAAGGAUCUCCAACAGCAAAUCGUGCUGCAGCACUGAGGGUACUCUCUGUAGCUAACGACAUCAUCAAGUCUCUUGUGCCGCUGGCUUGCAGAAAAGAUAACAUCUUGAUUCGUUUGGUGGCUGAACUUCUUGGUCUGUUUUGCACUAUUGAAAGUUUACAAAGCAAGGUUCUUGAGGACGGCGGUUUAAAAGCAGUGCUGGCCUAUUCUGUAUCUGCUGAUUCUGAGCUGCAAUUCUGGGCAUCUGCUCUUUUGCUGAACAUGGCCAUGACAUCUGAUGAUGUUAAGAAAGAGAUCAUAAUGCUAGGCGGAUUGAAGCCGUUGAUGGAGUUAGCAAUUGGAGACAGCGAUCAUCCGCAGUGUUCCACUCAUGCUGCCAAGACUCUUGUUAUGCUUGGUUUUCUUGACACGAAAAUCCCAGUGACUAUCCAAUCCCUUGGUUACAAGAAUGGUGAUCGAGUGAGUAUUUCAAUCAACGGCAAGGAGCACAGUCCCAAUAAACCAGGCAUUAAUGUAGUGGUGAUGGACUUCAUGACUUUCCAAGUGACAGAAGCAGUUUCAUUUGAUACCGGCCAUGACAAGGAUGCUAGUGAACGACUCAUCGAGUGUAUUGACAUGAUACCUGUUGGAACACUGGUGUUCAUAGCUGUGAGAGGAGAGGCAAACUAUUACAUGACUGCUGAUGCAAAAGUACAUCUCAAAGAUCUUGGAAUUGAAGAUUACAAUUUUAAAACUGGCGAGCUGUGGACAUACUGUGGCUACAAGAAGAGAGAUGGAGCAGUGAAGAUUGCUCUUCAUCGAGGCUUUGAUGCGGUGGAGUUGGUCACUUCCCUCAAUCUAGGUGUGGUUUUCAAAUUGUGUUGGCUUGCUGUUGCCUGUUCUUCAGAAAGUUUACAAAGCAAGGUUCUUGAGGACGGCGGUUUAAAAGCAGUGCUGGCCUAUUCUGUAUCUGCUGAUUCUGAGCUGCAAUUCUGGGCAUCUGCUCUUUUGCUGAACAUGGCCAUGACAUCUGAUGAUGUUAAGAAAGAGAUCAUAAUGCUAGGCGGAUUGAAGCCGUUGAUGGAGUUAGCAAUUGGAGACAGCGAUCAUCCGCAGUGUUCCACUCAUGCUGCCAAGACUCUUGUUAUGCUUGGUUUUCUUGACACGAAAAUCCCAGUGACUAUCCAAUCCCUUGGUUACAAGAAUGGUGAUCGAGUGAGUAUUUCAAUCAACGGCAAGGAGCACAGUCCCAAUAAACCAGGCAUUAAUGUAGUGGUGAUGGACUUCAUGACUUUCCAAGUGACAGAAGCAGUUUCAUUUGAUACCGGCCAUGACAAGGAUGCUAGUGAACGACUCAUCGAGUGUAUUGACAUGAUACCUGUUGGAACACUGGUGUUCAUAGCUGUGAGAGGAGAGGCAAACUAUUACAUGACUGCUGAUGCAAAAGUACAUCUCAAAGAUCUUGGAAUUGAAGAUUACAAUUUUAAAACUGGCGAGCUGUGGACAUACUGUGGCUACAAGAAGAGAGAUGGAGCAGUGAAGAUUGCUCUUCAUCGAGGCUUUGAUGCGGUGGAGUUGGUCACUUCCCUCAAUCUAGGUUACUAUGCUAAUGAACAGGUACAGGGAUACAUUUUGUUACCACUGAUCGAUCUUUUGAUGAGCACCCCUGCAUCACUCGCCAUUAGCAAAGUGUCUGAACUGGAGCUUCUCACUGUCCUAGCACGACAUGAUUACCAUAAGGAAGUGAUGGUAAACACAGAGGGUUUCAUGGAGUACAUUGUGGAGUUGAUUGACAACAUGGCAAGCAAGACCGCUGACCAUCUCAGGGCUAAUCCACUGGUGAUUGCUCAUUGUAUCGGGGCCAUGAACAUCAUCACAGCAAUAAGCAUUGCCCAAGAAAGCCAUGAAAAGUUUGCUGAAUUCCAUGUCCUGGAUGCAGUUCUGGGCCUCCUUUGCCUCAUCAACUCACUACAGCUCGAAAAACUGAAUCAGCAAAUUAAAGCAAACGCUGGCACAGAGGGACAAACAGUAAUCCUCGAAACCGAAGCUGAAAUUUUUGGUGACAGUGAAACUGGGAAACCGACUGACGAAGGGUUUAUUACUCGUGUAGUUUCUUCACCCUCUGAAAAUGUGUCUGUUGUGGCAGAAGAAGUCAAACUAACCGCAAGUGGUUUAAGGACUCCUGUUCGCGGCAGCACCGCAGACGAACCUACUCCACUGAAAAGCACUCAGUUGAAAAGCACUCUACUGAAAAAGUCCAACACGACAAUUCUAGAGUCGGAAACAGUGUCGGGAGAAGCGAUAAUUCAUGAUGACUUAGAUGAAGCUUUCUCUAACCUGAGUGGAUUGAGUGUAGUAACGCUGUACAACUGUAUCGACUUGAUUUCAAGUCUAGAGGAAUCUCGGGAGCACUUUUUCAAGGCUGGUGCGAUGCAGAUCUUGUGGUGUCGGCUGCUCACUGCAAAUUCAUCCACAGUUCAGCAAAUUGCACUUGCCACUGAAAUGCUGUUGAACACAUGCUGCUGUAUGACCAUGCUGGGGAAAUAUUAUACUGAUCUUGUAGUGGAGCUGGACGAACAGACGAAGACUCCAGCCCUUGUGUUGAGUGCUGAUCGUCUGGAAGCUUCCAACCCUAACUGGACAUUUGAAAGCGUGCAUGCCACGUUAUGUGUGGGGCGUGGCAUGUGUACAGUACCCCCGUAUCCUUCUGGUUGGUACUAUGAGGUGACCCUCAAGUCCACGGGCAUACUGCAGAUAGGCUGGCAAACUGAGGAAUGCCGGUAUGGUCCCGAGCGAGGUGUAGGAGUAGGCGAUGACAAGAACUCCUGUGCGUUCGACGGUGCACGGUGUAAAGUCUGGAGCGGACCCCCAAGUGAACAGGUCAACAACGACUACGGUAGAGAGUGGAGUUACGGUGAUGUUCUAAGCUGUUUAUUCUCAUGGAAUGGAGAGGUCUCGUUCUGGUUAAACGGGGUGGAUAUGGGCGUGGCAUUCAGGGGGUUAAACCCUGGGGUUAAUUGGUACCCUGCGGCUUCUAUCGCCAUGGACCAACACUGCAGCUUCAACUUUGGUAGUAAGCCUUUCAGGUAUGAUAUUCCUGAAGGCUACAUAGCCGUUUGUCACGUGGUCUCCAACUUGGUCAAGAAAGGUCCACUGCGCCUGUCGUCCUGUUGGACACCGAUCAGCGGUAGUUUUGAGAGUAUAGUGGAAGAAGAUGAAGAACUCAAUGAUGAGGAGGGAUUGGAGACUACUGAAAGAACCAAGGCUGACAAGUCGGCUCAAAAAGUUGAAGAAAGCCGUUUCGAUAAGGAAGUAUCUGACGUUCUUGUGACGGAGGAGAGGUCCCCAAAGGCUUCUCCAGAACAAAGCAUGUCUGAUGCAGAUGUGCUGUUUGACUGCCAGGGCGCUUCUUCUAUAACUGAUCCAUCCCUUGUUAGAUCUCCUGAGCCUUCAAAUCACUCCCUAACGUUCGUAACUCCAUCGUCCAGUAUCUUCACUACUCCUCAGAGGUCCCUGCCAAAACCAACCGUGCACGACGAUUUCUUUCAUGGGAACGAGCCCAAGCAUACGCCGUUUGGAACAGCGGCGACUGGUGACGACACACUCGAGGAAAAGCCCCCUCGUGAUGAAAAGCACGUGACCAGCACACCAUAUUUAGGUUCAGGCUCUUUGAAGGACUCUAUUGACAAGCGCUUUCACGCGGGGUCCCGUCUGAGUGCCUGGUCGCAAGCGGUAACACCUGGAGAGUCCUUCAUGGAUGAGAUAGAGCCCAUUGUGCCAUGCCUGUACUUCGAGGCCGAGCUCAAAUACGCACCAUGUCGCGUCAAGCAGAUAGGCUUUAUCAACGUUGAAACAAGAGAGAAAAUUUAUUGUGACAUACAUGACGGCCAUCUCCAGCUUCCCAAGUCGUCCAGUCCUACCUCGUAUGAGCAUGAAAGCUUCAGGAUCCCGGAUGUUGUCGGCUGUGCUGUUAUCCUGUCAAGGGGACACAUUAUGUUCACCUUAGAUGGAGUACCUACUGGACAGUUUUAUGAAUUCCCUUCAAGUAAACCGUCAUCCAUGGUCAUUGAAAACCUCUUUCCUUACAUAUCUUGCACUCGUAUACGGUGUAACUAUGGCCAGCGGUCGUUCCUGUUUGAGGAUGCAAACAGCAAAGAAUCGCUCCUUGUGAGUGGAGCCUUGUUGCAUGGAUUAGUUAAAGACAAUUCACAGCUGUAGUCUGGGAUUCAGUCACUGACUUCGAAGUUGCAGAGCCCAAUAAGCGCUACUACAUGAAAGUACUGCUCAAUAGCUUUCAGAACCACCUUGUACAGCAUAAUAAACAGUACCAUAUGAAAGUGCUGCUCAAUAGCUUUUAUUCGAACGGUCACACACUAGGGUUUCACUUAAAGAUUUAACAGUUAGAACCACCUUGUACAGACAAUUCACAGCUGUAGCCUGGGAUUCAGUCACUGAAUUCGACGUUGCAGAGCCCAAUAAGCGGUACUACAUGAAAGUACUGCUCAAUAGCUUUUAGAACCACCUUGUACAGCAUAGAUAAACAGCACCACAUGAAAGUACUGCUCCAUACCUUUCAUUUGAAUGGUCAAAUAUUAGGGUUUCAUCAUCGGACUUAAAAGUUGGAACCACCUUAAACAGAAUGAUAAACAGUACCGCAUGAAAGUAUUGCUCAAUAGCUUUCAUUUGAAUGGUCACACACUUGACUAGGGCUUCAUCCUCAGACAUAACAGUAAGAGUAAACUUGUACAGCAUAAUAAACAUGAAAGUACUGCUCCUUAGCAUGCUGUAACACUUCACGCGACAUCACUUGCGCAGCAAACCAGUUCUGGGGCUGGUGGUUCAAAGAGGUGAUAAUAAAACGCCGUCCGAGUCGGUCACUCGCUGUCUACUGGAUAAGUGUCAACAUAACAAACUACGCUUUCGGCUGUUAUUGCAAAUAGUUACUUAAGUUGUGCCGUAUCUUUAUACUGAAAACAGCUGCGGUUUAGUUACUUCUGUCAGAGGAUAAACUGAGUGCAGAAAGAAACUGUGCGUUCAUUGUUGCUGGGAUGAUGUGCACGCUUUGAAGUUGUUGAGCGCAAUAUUGUACCCUCCCCACUCCCCCCUCUUCACCCACUCAAUAUUCUGUAUGUAUGUGGAGUGAAAGGGUGAAUCUCGCUGACAGUGUCCCGAAAGCGAGCAAUAUCAGACCUCUCAAGUCUCACGAUUUUGUCGUGAGACUCACGGUUUUCAGUUCAAUCUCAAGGUCUCACGACGAGACAGACAAAUCUCACGAUAAAUAGAGGCGCAAGCUGAAAGGAUAAAUUUUUUUGUAUAAUGUCAUUUUUGGCUUGCUUAGAUGAGUUUCUUGCGCUAAUUCUGUGCAGUUUUUCAUCCGUCUGUCCUGUUAUUGAUCAUGAAUUUCGUCAUAACUUUGUCAAAG